CUACCAUUUUAGAGUUCAAGAGACGAGAACUGUGUCAUGAUUGGUCAACCAGUUGUCUACAAAGAAGUCUGYACCAUUGGUACACAGACAGAUGACAAUGGCUGUAAUAAUGGCUGUACUUCCAUCUACAUCAAUACAGACCAUGUUAUCAACAGCACAGAAACAUCACCACUGCAAGAACCAGUUGUUUUAGAAGUAGCUAGAGAUGACAUAGAUAUUGAACCUGGUUUAGAUAAUGGAUUGGAUGAUGGAGGGAGAGAAGACAGAAGCAGAGACAUGGAAGAAACUGAUGCAAUGCUAAGAAUUCUUGAAGAUGACAAUAGYUUUGAUKMAGACAGCAGYGAAGMAAYAAAUUAUUCAGACACCAUUGUCAACAAUAUAGACAAUGUACUUCAGCAGGGAGAUGAGAAUGACAUUACACAUUUACAAGAGCUUGGAAAUGACAGCAACAAUGAAGCAAACAAUAACUCUGUUGAUACUAAAGAUAGAGAUUUAAAUGUUGACAGCUUUCUACAGGAAGGAGACAGAAAUCGUAUUUUGCCUUCUGGAGAGAAGAACUUACAUCUCAAAAACACAUCGAAAAGAAAGUCUGGUGUGAAUUGUCAUCUAGCAACAAAUGUCAGAGAUAAGGAGCGUUCAUACUGCAGAAAGAAAUUUGCUUCAAAGUGGAAUUUAACAUGUCACCUGAGAACUCACACUGGAGAGAAACCUUUUGAAUGUUCUUACUGCAAAAAGAAAUUUACCUGCAAACAAAAUAUGAUAACUCAUUCACGGACUCAUACUGGAGAGAAACCUUUUGAAUGUUCUUACUGCAAAAAGAAAUUUACCCGCAAACAAGAUAUGAUGAGUCAUUCACGGACACACACUUAAAAACAUUAGCCCUUUGAAUGCUCUUAUAUGUACUGUGAAUAGAAAUUUUCAAAAUUACACUGGGGAAAAGCCAUUUGAAUGUUCUUGCUGUAAAAUGAAAUUUGGAAGGAAAGGAGAUAAUAAAUUCAUUUUGGGAAUUCA